GAUACCUCUGGUUUUCCUCUUCCUACCUUAGUCAUACUUGCUGUCUCUGGAGCUGCAUCCAAAUCCCCUUCCAUAUCUCCAUCUCUGAACGCCACACACAGGACCCAGGUGCACCUCAGGUCAAAGGGCAGAGGACAGCAGAGGGGCCCUGAGCGUGUGUCCAGAAGUCUCUUCACAUCCCUGGCUUCUGAGUCCAUGUGAAGCCACAAGCAUAUUCUACCCCCUCAGAAACCAACAGUGGAACCUGGCUGACUGCCCAAGUGGCCUCCAGAAUCCAGGUGGCAGCUCACAUUGCAACCUCAUAAAUAACUCAUCACCUCCCUCCUGCCCACACCUCUGAGGAACCCAUGUCCCCUGGACCAACUCUCCCUUGCUCCGCCUCUCAUGGCUUUAGGCUUCCACGGGCCAAGUCUCAGUGGCAAUUGAGCAGGUUCCAGGGAGCAGGGGAAAGGAUGUCCUGGGCAAAACUAGGGCUUUCCUGGAUAGAGGCAGGCAGAGAAGGAUCCCCUGGGGAUCCUUAGAACCCUGGCAGCCAGAAUGUGUCCAGGCAGGGGUCCCAGGAUUAGCCUACAGCUUUAGAGGCCUUAGAGGCCAAAGUGGCUCUGGGGAGCCCUGAGAAAGCUGUGGGAUAGGACAACAGACUAAUCCCAGAUUUCCCAACUCAGAGUCUUACUACCCAGGAACUCCCACCCUGAAGGUGGAGCUCCAACGAGGAGACAUCUGAGAAGGCAGAGACUUCCAGGACGUCUCAGGGGACAGGCCUCACCAGCUGGAGGCAGUGCCCUGGGCAGGCCUGCAUGGAUGACCCCAGCAGCAGCAGAGACCUUUGCUACCUGCAGAUGGCCUGUGUGGCCCUCAGCCUGGUGGCUGGCAGCAUCAUCAUCAUCGUCUCCGUGUCGAAGGCUGCAGCCGCUGUGGGUGGCAUCUUCAUCGGGGCCGCUGGGCUGGGGAUCUUCAUGUUGGCCUACCCCUUUCUGAAGGCUCGGUUUGACCUGGACCACAUCCUGUCUGCCAUAGGGAACCUAAGAAUCCACCCCCAUCCAGGGCCAGACCAUGGGGAAGGAAGACCCAGUAUCAGUGGAAAUAAGGACGAAGCCCGCAACAGCCUGUCCACUGUGAGCAGGACCCUGGAGAAGCUGAAGACAGGGGCCCGGGGGGCUGAGGAGUCCUGAGUCAAGGGCUGAGGGCCGCCCCUGCCAUGCCCGGCCUCCUGCCUGCUGCCCUAUCUCAGAGCCCACCCGGAUUAGAAGAUCCAAACCAUAGAUGAACCAGGCCCUGGAGCCACCAGAGCUGCCUUCACCUGGAUUCCACUGGCAUGGGUGGGGCCUCAAGCAAGGUGUCACCAGAACCCCUCCACACACACACACAUAUAUACACAGAGCUCCCGUUUCAGAUCUUUGGGGUUGGUUGGUUGUUUGUUUGCUGGAGACAGAGUAUCACUCUGUCACCCUGGGUAGAGUGCCGUGUCACCCUGGGUAGAGUGCCGUAGUGUCAUAGCUCCUAACAACCUGGGACUACAGAUACCUGGCUA